AUGUUCCUCCGUACAUCAUCCCCGCUCAUGGAAGAAAAGAUCGUUGCAAAGGUUUUUUUCUAUGCCAAACAAAAGAAGCAGCAAAACUCAGGUGUUUCCGCAAGUGUGGAAGCACCUGGAAAUUUAUUCAGACUUGAAGAACAACACCAACCACUUAACUCUUCAAUGGAAUCGACUAAGAAAAAGUCCUAUGAUGAAAUUAGAAAGAUUGUUUUACCUGGAUCUUUUGUGGAAUUCAACAAUCAAGUUAUGCUCAGUCUUUCAAGAGAUUCAAAUGUUUGUGGUAGCAACAGAUGUAGCAACAACAUGGAUGAUCAAGAUUGCUCAAGCAGUGCUUCUAAACAAUACCUCAGUGAUCAUACUCCAAUGUCUAUUAUUAACUCUUCAAAGAAGAAUUUUGGAGUUACAUUUAAAUAUCAAAGUGGAGAUGAAUGGAUCAAUUUCGCAAGUGAGGACGAGUAUCAAAAAGCAUUGUUGGUUGCAAAACAACAAAAGUCGCUCAGAGUUAAAGUUUACUACAAGAAGCACUUGUUUAAGAGCGCAGCUCACAGAGCUAGUCGUCACGAAAAGAUCCAAAAACAACAACAACCUGUCAACCACACUUUUACCAUCUCUGUGGAUUUCCAAGAUUUGCAAAAAUUGUUGCGUGAGUCUGCUCAAUCUGAUGAAACCAUCAAUGCCCACAGCACUGGUUCAGCAAGCGAAAAUAUGUUCGCAUUCUGGGAUAAUGCUGAAUCAGCUUCCGUUGAGAUUCAAGCUUAA